AAUUUUGAAAAAGAUAAUAAUAUAUGGAUUUGGUGGCUCUUUCAGUCUGAAUUUGGACGUGGCUUCUUUUCAGUUUCCUUAAGUUUACUUCGCCAGAGAUUUUUUUUUUCUCUCGUUUCAGCUUUUACAGAGGGAUUGGAUUGAUCUUCGAGGCUAACUCACGUCCCCAACUGAACAUGAUUGUCUGAAAUAGGGAAUUUCUUCGUCGGUGUUUUAAUGACUGAAAGACUUACUGACCAAGUCUUUCCAAAUGGAGACAUCUAUAGUGGUAGUUUUGACGAAGUACAGCUCAAUGGAAAAGCUAAAUAUACAUGGUCCGACGGAACAAUUUAUGAAGGUGAUUGGGAAGGAGGGAAAAUGUCAGGGAAAGGGCUGAUCGUUUGGUCAUCAGGGGCAAAAUAUGAGGGUGAUAUCUCGGGGGGUUAUCUUCAUGGUUUUGGCACGUUCACUGGACCUGAUGGGUCUGUAUACCGCGGGACCUGGAGGAUGAAUGUUCAGCAUGGAAUUGGAACAAAGCAGUAUUCUAAUUCUGAUACAUAUGAAGGUUCAUGGAAGGAAGGAGUACAUGAAGGUUCUGGCAAGUAUUGUUGGAAUGGUGGAAACACGUAUAUCGGGAAUUGGAAAGGUGGGAAAAUGUGCGGUAGAGGGGUUAUGAAAUGGGUAGAUGGUGAUCGUUUUGAUGGCUUUUGGUUAAAUGGGUUCAGACAUGGGUCUGGAAUUUAUAGCUUUGCUGAUGGAGGAUAUUACUUUGGAAAGUGGAGUAGGGGCCUAAAAGAUGGAAAAGGAACGUUAUAUCCUGCUGGAUGUAAACAUCCCUCUUUAAAAAAGUGGCAUAACUCCCUUAGACGUGAUGACAGAAAUUUCUUUUUGUCUCACAGUUCGUCAUUGAACUCAGAGGCAGGCAGGGCUACAAGACCAAGUGUUAAGCGCAGUCUUUCUGAGAAGAUUUUUAUUGAUGGAGGUUUACGAAGUACAGGUCGCAUAUUACGAAGGGCUUCAUUUUCAGAUGAAAAUUGGGGCCUCUUUGAUCAUGGUCGGAACAUAAGAUGUCAUGAAUCUUCAAGCAUGUCAUUCCAUUCCUCUCAUGAAGAGCAACAUGAGGCACAAGAUAACAGUACUUUAUUUUAUGAAAGGGAAUAUAUUCAAGGAGUUUUAAUAAAAGAGAGAAUCAGGAAACUUGCAGUGGUAUCACCCAAAACUAAACAGCGUAAAAAAUUUAGUGUGAAAGAAGCAACUGGGAACUCGUGUAUGGACAUUUUCAAAGGCCAUCAGAGCUAUUAUUUAAUGCUUAAUUUACAACUUGGCAUAAGGUAUACGGUUGGCAAGAUCACACCAGUGCCUAUGCGUGCAGUGCGGUCUUCUGAUUUUGGCGAUCGAGCUAGAAUAAGGAUGUAUUUCCCAAGAAAGGGUUCCCAGUUUACACCUCCACACUAUUCUAACGAUUUCUACUGGAAAGACUACUGCCCAAUGGUCUUCAGGAAUUUGAGGGAUAUGUUCAAAUUAGAUGCAGCUGAGUACAUGAUGUCAAUGUGUGGCGAUGAUGGUCUGAGGGAACUUUCUUCUCCUGGGAAAAGUGGCAGUAUAUUUUAUCUUUCUCAUGAUGACAGAUUUGUGAUUAAGACUUUGAAAAAACCAGAACUGAAGGUUCUGCUCAAGAUGCUUCCUUACUAUUACCGUCAUGUAGGGGAACAUGAGAACACUCUGAUAACAAAAUUUUUUGGGCUCCACAGGAUAACAUUAAACGGUGGAAGAAAGGUACGUUUUGUGGUCAUGGGGAAUAUGUUUUGCACAGAAUUACAAAUUCACCGUCGUUAUGAUCUGAAAGGAUCAUCUCAAGGAAGAUUCACAGAUAAAGACAAAAUUGAUGAGACUACCACAUUGAAAGAUCGUGAUCUAUCAUAUGCAUUUCAUAUGGACAAAUUAUUGCGAGAAUCCCUUUUUAGACAAAUUUCUCUGGAUUGCAUGUUCUUAGAAUCUCAGCGGAUAAUUGAUUACAGCCUUCUGUUGGGAUUACACUUUAGAGCUCCUGAGCAUCUCAAGGCUCUCGUAGAAAAUCCCAGUGCUUUACCCCAUGGUGAUGAUGGAGUUUCACAAGGAGAACCCUUUAUUCCUUCUAACGGCCUGCUACUAGUAACCCAUGAACCCAGCUCUGUCAGCAAACCACCUGGUUCUCACGUCAGAGGAAGUACGUUGAGAGCAUAUUCUUUAGGUGACAAGGAAGCUGAUCUUUUACUGCCUGGUACUGGGAGGUUACGUGUACAGUUGGGGGUUAACAUGCCAGCUCAGGCUAAUCGGAAGCUUCAGCAGGAUGAUGAUUCCGGAGUUGAACUUUUUGAGGUUUAUGAUGUUGUUCUGUAUUUGGGAAUAAUUGAUAUAUUACAGGAAUACAAUGUGAAAAAGAAGCUCGAGCAUACAUUGAAAUCGUUGCAUUUUGACCCCACUACAAUAUCAGCAGUUGAACCCAAGCUGUAUGCUACACGUUUUAUCAAUUUCCUGAAGACAGUUUUCCCAGAUGUUUCAUGAUCUAUUGUGUUUUUUACUCUUUUUUUUUUUUUGUUUCCUUACUGCUUAUGAUCAUCCUUUUAUAGGAAAAGCUGUGUUUCUUGUCAUAAUUCUUUUUACAGCCAUUCAUUGUAAAGUACACAUCAUAUAAUAAAUUAUCCACAGUUUACUGUUUA